AUGGCGAGGUAGUGGAAAGAAUGGGUUGGCUACGCGUCUCUGGGCGAAGAAGAAACCAUACAUUUUGUUGAAGGUCGCAGUUUUUUGUCAUUUAUUGAUAGGGACGGAAUGCUUGCAGAUUAGUAGGGCCACAUGAAGAGAGGAGUGUACGUUCAGGUGGUGGGUUUAUGGAGACUGCUACGUAUGCAGCAGCCAGCUUACAUCGGGACCAAAAGCGGGUUGGAGAAGAAAGAGGCUUUCCUACCAUGAGAGCGAGUUAACCCCGCGAGUUAACCCCGAGGGUGAAACAAUUUAACAAAUAUUGCUUUACAAAGACGCUGUGUUGGCAACAGCGAGAAUAGGCUACGAGGCAAAUCGGAGUUGGGUCAAGUUUUGGGGAAUGGCAGGUCGAAGCCGAAGAGCAUGGUUUAGUGUUCUGUUGGGGCUGGUUGUCGGGUUCACCCUGGCUUCCAGACUCAUAUUACCGAAGGCUACGGAGUUGAAGAAAUCCGGUCAGAAACGCAAGGCGAACCCAGCCGGUUGCGGGUUGAACGGGGGUCUGAGGAGAGAAUUCGGUGGGAUAUUAUGGCCCCCGCAAGAUAACGGAUUUUCGGCCACCGAGAAGCCAGUUCCGAGGUCCAACAAUUUCCUUUACGUCGGCGUCAUGACUGCCCAGAAGUACCUGAAUAACCGCGCCAUCGCGGCACAUAGAACGUGGGCUCAGACCAUCCCGGGCCAUGUGGAGUUCUUCUCCAGCGAGGGUUCGGACACCACCAUCCCCAUCCCCAUCGUGGCGCUGCACAACGUGGACGACUCCUACCCACCGCAGAAGAAGUCCUUCAUGAUGCUCAAGUACAUGCACGAUCACUACCUGGACCAAUAUGAGUGGUUCAUGCGGGCCGAUGAUGAUGUGUACAUCAAGAGUGAGCGCCUGGAGGGCUUCCUGCGCUCGCUCAACAGCAGCGAGGCCCUCUUCCUGGGCCAGACGGGCAUGGGCGCCCGCGACGAGCUGGGCAAGCUGGCGCUGGAGCCCGGUGAGAACUUCUGCAUGGGUGGCCCCGGCGUGAUCAUGAGCCGCGAGGUGCUGCGCCGGAUGGUUCCUCACAUCGGCCAGUGCCUGCAGGAGAUGUACACCACGCAUGAAGACGUUGAGGUGGGCCGCUGCGUGCGGAGGUUUGCCGGAGUGCAGUGUGUCUGGUCCUACGAGGUAAGAGCAAAGAUGGCGUCUGGUCGUAUUGUUUACUGCAGUUAG